AUGGACACACAAGCAGAAAUAUCUCAGAAGGACAUCUAAUGGUAUCCCAGGAUUCUGAAAUAACAGAUAAUGACAGUAGACAGGAUUCUCCAGGAGAUAACCCCAUUAUCCCAAUUAUACAUCCAGCUCUAUCAGCUGAUCCCCCUGAUCCUGGGAAAUGUUCUCCUGAUCACUCUGAUAUUGGUGCAUCUGUUACAGCUCUGACAGUAGAUACAGAGUUUCCCUGUUCUGUAGAUGCCAAAUGUUUUACACAGAACACAAAGCUUAUUACCCAUCAUCCAGCUAAGGCAGGUGAGAGGCCACUGAUAUGUUCUGAAUGUGGGAAAUGUUUUGCAUGCAACUCAAAUCUUGCUACACAUCAGAGAAGUCACUCAGGUGAGAAGCUGUUUUCCUGUUCUGAGUGUGGGAAAUGUUUUGCAUUUAAAUCAGUUCUUGUUACACAUCAGAGAAGUCACACAGGUGAGAAGCCGUUUUCCUGUUCUGAGUGUGGGAAAUGUUUUACACAGAAAUCAGGUCUUGUUACACAUCAGAGUAGUCACACAGGUGAGAAGCCGUAUUCCUGUUCUGAGUGUGGGAAAUGUUUCACACAGAAAUCAGCUCUUGUUACACAUCAGAGUAGUCACACAGGUGAGAAGCCAUUUUCCUGUUCUGAGUGUAGGAAAUGUUUUCCACGGAAAUCAGCUCUUGUUGCACAUCAGAGAAGUCACACAGGUGAGAAGCCGUUUUCCUGUUCUGAGUGUGGGAAAUGUUUCGCAUUUAAAUCAGUUCUUGUUACACAUCAGAGAAGUCACACAGGUGAGAAGCCGUUUUCCUGUUCUGAGUGUGGGAAAUGUUUUACACAGAAAUCAGCUCUUGUUACACAUCAGAGUAGUCACACAGGUGAGAAGCCAUUUUCCUGUUCUGAGUGUAGGAAAUGUUUUCCACGGAAAUCAGCUCUUGUUGCACAUCGGAGAAAUCACUCAGGUGAGAAGCCGUUUUCCUGUUCUGAGUGUGGGAAAUGUUUCGCAUUUAAAUCAGUUCUUGUUACACAUCAGAGAAGUCACUCAGGUGAGAAGCCGUUUUCCUGUUCUGAGUGUGGGAAAUGUUUCGCAUUUAAAUCAGUUCUUGGUAGACAUCAGAGAAGUCACACAGGUGAGAAGCCGUAUUCCUGUUCUGAGUGUGGGAAAUGUUUUGCAUUCAAAUCACAUUUUGAUAUUCAUCAGCAUACUCACACAGUUGAGAAGCCGUAUUCCUGUUCUGAGUGUAGGAAAUGUUUUGCACGGAAAUCAGAUCUUGUUACACAUCAGAGAAGUCACACAGGUGAGAAGCCGUUUUCCUGUUCUGAGUGUGGGAAAUGUUUUGCAUUCAAAUCACAUUUUGUUAUUCAUCAGCAUACUCACACAGGUGAGAAGCCAUUUCCAUGUUCUGAGUGUGGGAAAUGUUUUGCACGGAAAUCAGAUCUUGUUAAACAUCAGAGAAGUCACACAGGUGAGAAGCCGUAUUCCUGUUCUGAGUGUGGGAAAUGUUUUACACAGAAAUCAGUUCUUGUUACACAUCAGAGUAGUCACACAGGUGAGAAGCCAUUUUCCUGUUCUGAGUGUAGGAAAUGUUUUCCACGGAAAUCAGAUCUUGUUGCACAUCAGAGAAGUCACACAGGUGAGAGGCCAUUUCCAUGUUAUGAGUGUGGGAAAUGUUUUACACAUAAAUCAGCUCUUGUUAGACAUCAGAGAAAUCACACAGGUGAGAAGCCAUACUUCUGUUCUGAGUGUGGGAAAUGUUUUGCACGGAAAUCACAUCUUGUUCUACAUCAGAGAAGUCAUACAGGUGAGAAGCCGUAUUCCUGUUCUGUGUGUGGGAAAUGUUUUGCAUAUAAAUCAAAUCUUGUUACACAUCAGAGGAGUCACACAGGUGAAAAGCCAUUUUCAUGCUGUGAGAGAAAUAAAUCCGCUCUUGUUGAACAUAUUAGACAUUACCCAAAUACGGAACCAUUUACAUCUUCUGGAGUAUAAUUAUCACUGUCAUGCAAUGUUCCUCAAGGGUCAACCUUAUCUCCUAUGCUUUAUGCAAUAUAAAUGCUACCACUGGGUGAUAUAAUCAGACGUCUUGGCCUGGUCUACCACUGCUAUGCAGAUGACUUGCUUUUUGCUCCAUGUACUGAGAACCUAAUACCAAUCCUAAAUGGUUGUCUAGCUGAGCGCCAUGGGUGGAAUGAUGCCAGUUGGCUGUGACUCAGUCUUUGUGAAACAUAAUAGAAGCUCACCAACAAAGGACAAGACUUUACCAACCAUCUGGAUUUAUGCUUUGGUGUACAGAAUUGAAAAUACUGAACAUGUGCUGAAUCUUUGUGUUGUCCUGGUAUGUGGCUGACACAGACAUCAGGUAUCUGCCACAUACAAAUCCUCAUUCUUCCAUCUGUGGACCAUAGCCAGAAUCAAGCACUUGAUUCCCUCAGAAGUUCAUAGACUACUGCAAUGCCAUCUACCUGGGUCUCCCAGCAAAAGAAUUACAGAGCUUGCAGCUAGUACAGAAUGCAGCAGCAAAGCUGUUACCUAACCAGCCCGUUCCUGCCGCAUAACACCAAUUCUCUACUCCCUUCACCGGCUGCCUGUAAGAUGACAAAUCUAUUUCAUAAUUGGCUAACUGACCUUCCCAGCCCAACAUUACAUGGUCCAAGGUACUAGAAGCAGCUUCUGCCUCCUUACUGCCCUGCUUGCUUGCUUGCUACUACAGAUAAAGGACUGUUACCAGCAGUACCAAGAAUCUCCUGUCAUUCAUUUAUGGGUUGAAUGUUUAGCUUUGUAGCUCUGACCAUGGAACUCACUGCCUUGCACAGUCCAAUAGGCCUCCACUCUAGAGACCUUCACAAGCAGACUGAUGACUGUUACUCACGCUUUUCAUUAAUGUACCUCUAUUUCUCAUACGUCCUAGAGAA